UGUCUGUGCAUGAAUAUUUCUGUAUAUUUAUUCAACAACUUAUUGAGGUUUCCUGGCACGUAUUGACUGCUAAAUAAAAAAGCAUUUUAACAAAUCCUGAACAUAAAAAAGAAGGAGCUGAAGACAAACUACAGACAAAUUACAGUUCCUGCUGACACGCGCUUACUGAAUUGAGGAUGAUGGGACAAAAGGUCCCAUGAACAGGUCUAAUAAUGCUUCAAGUGUCUUGGUCUAUUAUGAAAAGUGCUGACUUGCUGUUUUUAUGGUGCUGUUAUUACGUAACUGUGCUCUUUGACGCCACUUUCAAGCAUUCUGAGUGUAAGAAGGUGCUAGAAGUUUCUGCAAUAUAGUGCCAAGGGUCUGGAAGGAUCUUCGGCGUAAAAUCCCUGGGAGCUUUACAAACACAAAAAGUGACAUUUUCAAAGUCAAGUUUGUCAUUCAUUUAGCUGAAAGUCAACAACAACUGCUUCCGAGAAAUCUUAUGCAACAGACUGUGCUGACUCACAUACUUUAAUAAUAACAUCCGCAAGUCUGAGAUAAACAGGCGAAGAUGAGUGAACAUGGUGAAAUAACUUUGAUAACUUCAAAGGAAUGACUUCAAAUCUGUUUCACCAUUUUGAAAUAUGUGGGACAGUAUAUUUGGCUGUGAUGACUCAAGUGGACACGGACAAUUUGUUCAGAACUUGAUAUCCAUCACCAUUUCAGAACGAUCCAAAGAGCUUCUUGUUCUUUGGUGGAAGAAAGAUCUUUUGUACAAGGGAAUUUACAUGGCCAAUGUCACAGACUGUUCUUAUAGAAACAGUAAAUUAACUUUCACUGACAACGGUGACAAAUCUUCAAUGUUUUGAUCUAUUUUAUUUUAUUUAUGUAUUAAUUACAUUUUUUUAAAUGUAAAAUAUAAUCCCAUAUGUUGUCAUGGACUGUUAUUUUUGUGUAAAUGUCUGGUAGGGAGGGCGGGAAGAUUGUCUUGUCAUCAAGACUACAGUAGUUUGACCUCUAAAAGCUCAUAUAAGCUCUUAAAAGCAGGGUGAGGUUUGAUGAGUAACACCUGCCUUUUUGUGUAAUACUAGACUUUUUGACAAAUCAUCUUGUCUCAGCCAAUCAUCAAGCAGGUCUGAGACCAGGUUGAUUUAUAACCUCUGGAGUUAAACUUUAAUUAGCACAGAUUAUAUCUGUCCUCAGCCCCAUUCACUCUUGUCCUGAUACAUACAUUUAUACAGGAAAGGCAUCCAAUCUCUGGAUUAUGGUUCAUCAGAAUAAAUCGUCUGUGAGGUCUGCUGAGCUGGGCGACAUUUCACUGCUGUCAGAUUCUCCUAAAAAAUUACCAAAGUUUUACAUCCGUCCUUCCAUUCAUGAACAGCACAUGUUAAAAAGGAAAAUGGUCAAGAAGUCUCUUGUUGCUGGGAUGGUGGUCUUGCUUGUGGCAGCCGUGGGUUUUUUCCUGGGUGUGUAUUUGGGGAUCGGAAACAAAAGACUCACUGUGUCCUCGGACCACUUCUACUCGAAAGCAGCCGUGGCAGCAGACGCUGGGAAAUGUUCUGAGGUUGGGAGGGACAUCUUAAAGCGCAAUGGUUCAGCAGUCGAUGCUUCUAUUGCAGCUCUAUUGUGUGUUGGGCUCUUCAACGCACACAGCAUGGGCAUUGGAGGAGGGCUGUUUUUCACAAUAUUUAAUGCGUCUACAGGAAAAGUAGAGACAAUUGAUGCCAGAGAAACUGCUCCAAAGAACGCUUCAGAAGACAUGUUUGGCAAUAACACCCAGCUUUCACGGAAAGGAGGGUUGUCAAUCGCUAUUCCAGGGGAAAUUCGUGGCUAUGAGAUGGCACACAACAGACAUGGGAGACUGCCAUGGAGGGAACUGUUUCUGCCCAGUAUUAAAUUGGCACGCAAUGGUUUUCCAGUUGGCAAAGCCCUGGCUAAUGCCAUCGCAAAAAACAAGGAAACAAUUCUGAGUGACAUGACAUUAUGUGAAGUGUUCUGUGACUCAGACAAAAACAUCCUGAAGGAAAAUGAUAUCAUUAGAUUUACCACGCUUGCCGACACCUAUGAGAAGAUUGCAGAAGAAGGGCCGGAUGUGUUUUACAGUGGAUCCUUGGCCCAGAAUAUAGUGGAUGAUAUCCAAGCUGCAGGAGGAAUUAUAACACUUGAGGACCUAAGGGAAUAUAAGCCAGUGUUGAAUGAGACGCCAUUGAAGUUAACUGUCGGAGAAUACACCAUUAAUGUUCCUGACGCUCCAUCCAGUGGACCUGUACUCGCUCUGAUUCUCAAUAUAGUGGACGGUUUCAACUUCUCAGACCACAGUGUGUCCACAGCAGAAAAGAAGACUUUGACCUAUCAUCGUAUCGUAGAGGCGUUUCGCUUUGCUUAUGCUAAGAGGAGUAAAUUAGGAGACCCACGUUACCUCAACAUCACAGACCUCAUCCACAACAUGACCUCAGACUACUUUGCAGACAACAUCAGGAGUAAAAUAACAGAUGACACUACUCACCCAGACAGCUACUAUGAUCCAGAAUACUUUGUACCCGAUAACCACGGAACAGCUCACCUGUCAGUCAUCGCAGAGGAUGGGAGCGCAGUGGCUGCAACCAGCACCAUCAACCUUUAUUUUGGCUCAAAGGUGAUGUCACGCUCAACUGGCAUUAUUUUUAAUGAUGAGAUGGAUGAUUUCAGCUCUCCUUACAUAACCAAUGGUUUUGGUGUUCCCCCUUCACCCAACAACUUCAUUCAGCCAGGUAAAAGACCCCUUUCAUCAAUGUGCCCCACAAUCAUUUUUGACAAACACAACAGAGUCAAAAUGGUGGUCGGGGCCUCAGGUGGGACGAAAAUCACCACAGCUACCGCUCUGGUGAUCCUAAACUCGCUGUUCUUUAACUAUGACCUGAAAAAAGCAGUGACAGAGCCCAGAGUCCAUAACCAACUCAACCCCAACAUGACCGUCGUGGAACAGGACUUUGAGCAGAGUGUUCUUGAUGGCUUGGAACAGAAGAAUCACGUAACAGAGCUACAGAGGACACCAGGUGCAGUGGUCCAGGCCAUCGUGCGGCAAGGGGACAAACUCUGUGCUGAAUGUGACCCCAGGAAAGGCGGCUAUCCUGCAGGAUACUGAACGCCAGUCCAUCUCACCAUUCGUGGACCUUCAGAGACUCAGUCGUGAAAAAUGGAUACAUUCAGAAGCAACAGACCUUUCAGGCUAAUGAUCAACAUGGACCACAAUGCACAAAGUUGCACAAAGACUCCCUGUAUUUAUUAUUUAUUUUAUUUUAUUUUGUUGAUGGGGAAAUGUUUCUUUGAUAUUUAUGAUUUUACCAAGCUUAUUUAUUCCUUUUGUGUGUAGAAAAGAUGAUUUAUUAUCAGGGGUCUUUUUGGUGCCUGAUUCUAUUGUACGGGUUCUUUGUUUGUGUAAUGAAGUUCCUGGGGGUUUCAUGUUGAAAAUCUUCAAAGCUCAUAUUAACACAAAACAUGUCUGUAAAUGUGACCAAGUCAGGGUACAUAACCGUACAAAUAAAUAAAUAAAUAAAUAAAUAAGUAAAUAAAGACUAAAAUAUUACAGGUUUAUUCAUAGGGAGUUAAUUUUUAUUCAAAAAAAGAGACUAUUCCUAACAAAAUGAAUAUUCCUCAGCCUGAGAAAACAAAACUAUUUUAGAUGUACAUCAUCAGAAAAGUGGCUAAUCUGUGCAAAUUCCAAAGAUUUCAUUAGUAUGAAAACAAAUUUUAAAAGGAGGCAUGACCCAAAAGCACAUCCCUAAACCAAACUGUCAUUGGUGGAUGAGCAAACCAUCCUAAAAUUUGUGAAUGAGGAACAAAUUCAUAUGAAUUGGCCACUAAAUCAAAAUUUACAAGCUAUAAACUCGUCCUCACACAGAUCCUGCAAAUGUUUCUUUUUUUUUUUUUUGGACACAAAAGGCUUGUUGGUCAUCUAUCUCUAUGCAGUACUGAUUUUAACCUUAAAAGGGCAAAACUACCAUGCAAAAAUGGUAAACAACAAUUAAAAUGUCUGAUGGUAAUCAAUAUUUUUAAAUUCCAAGUGUGGAUUUAGCAACUAAAAAAGGAAAGGUCAUGUGCAACAAUGAGUACGUUUACAUGAACACCGAUAAUCUCAUUUUAAAACGAUUAAGACAAUGAUUAAGAGUAUACUAUGUAAACAGCGAUUUUUUUAU